GUUUUGUACUUUUUACUGCCCCCUCCCAGCUGUACCCCUCUCCUCACUCAACCCCUUUCCCCUUCCCAUACUAGCAACACGUGAUGCGGCGGCGGCUGCUGAGAUGUGUGUCACUUCAGGCCAUAAAUGUGAAGAGAAAGAGGGAGAGAGAGAACAAAAGGCAGAGAGGAGUAUAAAUCCACAGCUGGAAUCUCAUGCACACUGACAAGCACCGGACAGCUCCUCCGCGCACACAGCCGCAAGCAGGGACCGAGCCGGAGGCACAGACAAAGGCACCACAGCAGCCUAGCGGGGAAAAGACUGGGGUAGAGGAGCCACAAAUAGCCGGCACCUGGGGCACACACAGAGGCACCGUGUCACACUCACCUUGCAGUCUGUGAGAAUGCAUCUCCUCACCCUUCUACCUGCCCUGUGUGUGCUGGCGGCACACUCAGCCCCUCUGUCACUCAUGUACCCCCAGCUCAGAACCCAGGAAAGGCCUCAUAAAGAUCAUGGUUUGUUGCAGACACACUCAUUAUUACAUUACCCUCAUACAAACGGUCUGCUCAAUGCUCGCAGUUCAAGGAACCCCCCUCGUUGUGGGGUACCAGAUAUCCCUGUCCCUCUAGAUUCCUCCAGCGGGCGAAAUCGUCAGAAACGUUUUGUCCUGUCAGGAGGACGCUGGGACAAGACAAACCUGACGUACAAGAUCAUCCGUUUCCCUUGGCAGCUAAGUAAGGUGAAAGUGAGACGUACUAUUGCAGAAGCCCUAAUGGUAUGGAGUGAGGUCACCCCUUUGACUUUCACUGAGGUGCAUGAAGGACGUUCUGAUAUCAUAAUUGACUUCACACGGUACUGGCAUGGAGAUAACCUCCCAUUUGAUGGUCCAGGAGGUAUCUUGGCACAUGCUUUCUUCCCAAAAACCCAUCGGGAGGGGGAUGUACAUUUCGAUUACGAUGAAGCUUGGACCAUUGGAAACAAUAUAGGUACAGACCUACUUCAAGUAGCUGCUCAUGAGUUUGGUCAUAUGCUUGGCCUGCAGCACUCUUCUGUCUCCAAAUCGCUCAUGUCACCAUUCUACACAUUCCGUUACCCACUAAGCCUUAGUGCAGAUGACAAGCAUGGCAUACAGUUUCUGUAUGGGGCUCCGCAUCCUCCGACCCCUUCCCCAACUCCUAGGGUGGAGGUCAACCAGGUGGAAAAUGAGAGUAAUGAGAUUCCUGCUGCAGAGCCUGAUGCAUGCUACACUAAUUUUGAUGCAGUGUCUACAAUUCGUGGAGAGUUAUUCUUCUUCAAGUCUGGUUAUGUGUGGCGCCUUCGUGGUGGGAAACUGCAGAAUGGCUACCCAGCCCUGGCAUCACGCCACUGGCGAGGCAUCCCUGACACUGUUGAUGCAGCAUUUGAAGAUUCUGUGGGAAACAUCUGGUUCUUCUAUGGCUCACAGUUUUGGGUUUUUGACGGAAAGCUGCAGGCCUCUGGGCCCUUUCCCAUUACUGACAUUGGUAUAUCAGUGCCCCAGAUUCAGGCCGCCUUUGUGUGGGGCACUGAGAAGAACAAGAAAACCUAUCUGUUUAGGGGUGGAGAGUACUGGCGAUUCAACCCAGAAACUAGACGAGUGGAAAGCUGGCACUCACGCAACAUUGGAGACUGGAGAGGGAUACCAAAAGGCAUUGACGCUGCCUUCCAGGAUGAACAAGGUUAUGCCUAUUUUGUAAAAGGCCGACAGUACUGGAAGUUUGACCCAUUUAAAGUUCGUGUCAUGGAGGGGUAUCCUCACCUGAUCAGUCGGGAUUUCUUCAACUGCCAUGCAAGCUCUAUAUCUGUAAACUCCUUAAGAUGAGCUGGCUCUCUUACCAAGGAUUGCAGGGAGUACUCUGUAAUACAGACUGGCCAGGCAGGACCACAGGGGCCAUUUAACUCUUACUGCUUUACAAUUCAGAAUGCAAUGGGAUCGGUAGAACUGCAGUCUGGUCUCAUAGACAGCAUUUGGAAUGUAAACCCUGAAAUAUCCAGCUACUUUGGAUAGGAGAUCCAAACAAAAUGAAAAUGGUUUUUUUUUUAACAUACAGUAUAUUGGAAAAGAACCUAUCUGCUUUGAACUUCUCCAGGCAUGUUACCUAGGAUGGAAAUCAGCUACCCUAAACAAUUUACAGAGUUCCAAGACUCCAGACACUGGGAUCUUCACACUUUCUGUGUUCCACAAACCAUUUGACUGAAGGAUUGAAGUUAGUCAUGCAGUUUGCUAUAAUACCAAAUGCAAUGUACUCACAAUACCUCUGUCAGUGCUGGACACUGAUCCUAAUACGAAACUCUUCAAGUGUGGAAGUUUUUUUUUUUGCAUUUUAAGAUUUUGUUCUCGUUAUUUUUUUUUAUUUACAAAUGAAAAUUACUGCUGUUUGUUUAUAAUUAGUGCAAGACUUUGGAUUGUAACCAAAUUUCUUCAAAAUAAUAAGCCAAAUAAUUAGAAAGAAGAAAAGGUGAAAUAAGAAAAGGAAUAUAGUUUUCGUAAAACUGCAACGUAAAAUCUAGUGCCCAAUGUGGUAGCAAAGAAAUAUUCUUAAUAGUAUUUUGUAUGGGGUAAAGAAUAGAAAUGAGCUUGUGUUUAACCUGCAGACUUAAGAGUAGGUUGGACUGUAAAAUUACUACUGGAGCACAAGGCUAGGGUCACACAGCUGCAUGACACAAAAAACAAGCCACAUUCACAGCAAUAUGGAGGGAGGUGGGCAGGCCAAUAUUAGGAAAGUCAAACCAAUAGGCUGCAUUAAUUGAAAAGUGCAGAUGUCUGCCCAGGGGGCCCAGACAGACAAUAAACUAAUAACUGGGGCCUUGCUAUCUAAGUAGGACAGGAUAGAGCAUCAGCAUUCCUCAUGACAGUACUGUCUACAUAUAGUACUUACUGGGUGAGAUGGGCUUAAAGUAGAAGGAAAGUCAUUUUGGCAUUUUACUGCCAAUAGAUAUGCCACAUUAGUGCCACCUAGAACAAUAUAUUUAUUCUGCAGAAAGCAUUACCAUACCUGAGUAACAGCCCUAGAAGCUUUCUCUGUUUGCUUAAGAUAGCAGUUGCCAUUUUAAAUAGCUUCCUGCUUGCCGUUAUAGCUCAGAUUACACAUUCCUAAGGGAGGGUGUUCUUAGCAUUCUUAUGGGAGGGGAGAGCAGGAGAGGGGAGAGAAUUGCACAGACUCUGGUCACUGGAAUAAAGGAUUUUUCUGAGAGAGGAAGUCAGACACCUGAACAACAUGUUUACAAAAAAGGAGAAAAGAAAUCCUGUGUUUCUUUUGUGCAGCGUUUCUGUGAGUGCUUAUGGCUGUAUUUACAUAGACCUUUCUGAUAAAGUUUACCUAGUUUUUACUUUUCCUUCUCCUUUAAAUGAGUACUAGUAUCAUAGGGUGCAAAAACUCCUUACAGCAUGAAUGAAGAAGUAUCUCAGCUGACAAAAACUGGUGCGGUUGCUCUUACAAUUAUAUAUUCCCUGCUAUGUGGGACCUGAAUCCCUCAAUGGAAAAGGAAGCAUUAUUGUGUGAUUGUGGUAUUCAACUGGCUCACAACAGUAGAUUUCAAGCCUUUUCAAUUCAAAGAUAUUUUUGUCACCUGCAGAAAGCGUAAUGUCCUGCGGGCAACAGAACACCCUGUGUGACAUUGUACUUGGGCCAUGAAAUUGAUGAAAUUUGUACCUGACCCUUCACAGGUAAGAACCCAAAAGUUAACUGUGUUUAUAAAAUGAUAUCAAAGAUACAGUACAUUGAAAGAAUACAAUUGCAAUUGAGCUACUUUCACAAAUAAAAUCACACAAUAAUCAAUAAUUAUGGCUGCAUAGCUUUUUUUACUUUUUCUAAUAAAAUAAUUUUGUAAGCAAAAUGUUAGCUCAGCUCUACUUAAGAAUUCAUUUAGUUGUUGUUAGCAAACAAAAUCGGCAACUGGGGAAUUUAAGAGAUCUGCUUAUCACACCUGUAACAGAGAUGCCAACCGGAUCUGAAGUUAUCUGAGGGCAUCUUGGCCACACCCUGGCCCCACCACCCUCCCUGCCCCCUGCUUCAGACAAUAUGAGAGGACAUUGGGUGACGAUUUUAUGCAUUUCAGUAGAGCAGGUAAGUUAGGUAUCAGGAGCGAAUUACAGACUGCACGUGACAGGGUGAGAGGGACUUAAAUCGGAGGCUUCCAACAAAUGCAAGGGAAUUGACAUGUCUGCUGUUAUAAUCAAACAGAAACUGCGCAGGGAAAUUCACUUAAGAGCAAUUUGCCAACAGCAUCUUCUAACAAUGUUCCUUGUAAACCAAUUGAGCAAAAUAAGUUGAUCCAGCAGGCAGCAAUAAAAGAUUUCAAAAAUGA